UCAGAAGCAUGUGUUGAGGUGAAUUCCUAACCUCAGAAACGUACACCGUCUCCGUUUGUUUUGAAGAGAAAUGGCUGCGAAUUUUAAAAGAAUUACAGCUCUUCUGGAACGUUGGCCCUUGGAUCACAACAAAGCUGGAAGGGACAUUGGACAAUUUCUAAGAGAUUUUGUCCAGCACUCUUAUAAAACCGGAAAACUCCAAGAAAACCCUCAACAUUGGGACAAACAAUUCCUUGCUCUUCAACGCUUGAUCAACAACGAGCACGGCAACAAAUACCCAAGAAUCAAUACAUCAAGUGCAACAGGCCUCACAUUAGAUCAGUGUACAGUCGCGCUAUCAAACGAAUUUCUUGAGCACCUAGAACAGGAAGACAAACCAGUUUAUAAAAAACUGUUUAGUUCUAGUGAGAAAACUAAAGAAAAAGAAUAA